AUGGGCAAAACCUGGGAGGAUCUCAAUCUCAUCUCUGAAAGCCUACAGGGCAUCACCUAUUUGGGUUUUGCUCAUCCCUUUCCUGUCCAGUCUACCGUAGUUCCUCUUCUUCUCAGUCGUAAAGACGUUGCUGCCGAGGCAGUCACAGGGUCGGGCAAGACUCUUGCCUUCAUCCUACCGAUUUUAGAGAUUCUUGCAAAGCGUCAUGAUGACUGGAAGAGUCAUGAGGUAUAUCUUAUUGCCUUUCCGGUAACAUUCGCUAUUGGCGUUAGGUCUCCGCGCUUCAAUUCUCUCGUUCUAAGUGGUGGUGCUGCUCAUACUAAGCGUCUAGAGGACCUGAAACGUUUUCAAGCCACUGGCGCAACCAUUCUCGUGGCUACUCCAGGUCGCCUAGUCGAUCUCGUUCAAAAGGCACCCCUCUUUUUGGGUCAGAUAUCCAACAACCAGACCUUCAAUCCUGUUGUUCGGGGACUUCGCAGCUUGGAGAUCCUGAUACUCGACGAAGCUGACCGCCUACUUGAUAUGGGAUUUGAACCACAAUUGAAUGCGAUACUUGGCAUGUUACCAAAGCAGCGACGGACGGGUCUGUUUUCCGCUACACAGACAAACCAACUGGAUGAUUUGUUGCGGGCAGGGCUGAGAAAUCCAGUUAGAGUUGUAGUGAAAGAGAAGGACGUGGCUUCAAUUGUGCAUCAACAAAGAACUCCGUCGACUUUGGAAAACUACUUUCUGGUUGUCGACCCUGCUGACAAAUUUCGUGCCCUCGUCACAUUCCUUCGAAGCCACGCAUCCACAGAGAAGAUUAUCGUCUUCCUCGCUACUUGUGCAGCUGUCGACUACUUCAGUCGCCUCCUUCGUAAUGGCCUCCUCCCCCCCCGCCAGGCCUCCCUUGUUCAUGCUCUCCAUCGCAAAAUGCGCUUGAAACGGGUCGCAGAAUUCGACAAAUUUCGCUCCAUUGAGAGGGGCGUCCUGCUCUGCACAGACGUGAUGGCACGAGGAAUCGAUGUGCCGGGGGUGAAUUGGGUGCUGCAAUGGGAUCCACCCUCGAACGCCAAUUUCUUCGUACAUCGCUGCGGUAGAACAGCGCGAUGCGGAGCGGAGGGUCGAGCAGUUCUCUUCCUUGCACCCACCGAAGUCGCCUACGUGGACUUUCUUCGCAUCAACCAAAACCUUCAAAUGCAUCGAUUUAGCAGCCGUUUCAAUGUUGAAAAGAAGUUGGUCACUCUUGUUGAAAGGGAUCUACCCGAACUAGCUGAUGCCUCCAUCUUGGAAGAAAUUACAAGCGAAUCGAUUCGUGCAAAAGUUCAGCAAGUCUGCAUCAAAGACAGGCUGCUCUACGAGAAGAGCAUCAAAGCUUUCGUCUCCUUUGCUCAAUUCUAUCGCAAGCACGACUGCCGGUUGCUCUUCAAGAUCCAAGGCAGGUGA